ACCCUGGAGUUUCCAGUUCCGGCCUCACAGAGGCUGGAAGAAGUUGGGAGCAUGCGGCUGUCGGUCGCCGCUGCCAUUUCUCACGGCCGCGUAUUCCGCCGCCUGGGCCUUGGUCCCGAAUCCCGCAUCCACCUGCUGCAGAACUUGCUCACGGGACUGGUGCGACACGAACGCAUCGAGGCGUCAUGGGCACGCGUGGACGAGCUGAGGGGCUACGCGGAGAAGCUCAUCGACUAUGGGAAGCUGGGAGACACCAACGAACGAGCCAUGCGCAUGGCUGACUUCUGGCUCACGGAGAAAGACUUGAUCCCAAAGCUGUUUCACGUACUGGCCCCUCGGUACCAAGGUCAGAAUGGGGGCUACACGAGAAUGCUGCAGAUCCCAAACCGGAAUAAGCAGGAUCGGGCCAAGAUGGCAGUGAUCGAGUAUAAAGGGAACUGCCUUCCACCCCUGCCCCUUCCUCACAGAGACAGCAACCUCACACUCCUAAACCAGCUGCUUCAGGGGCUGCGGAAGGAUCAGGAAGCAAGCACCCACAGCUCCCACACAGUUCAAACACCAGAGAUUUAACUGGAGCCAAAGGGUAUGUGGCCCUCAUCAGUGCCCAUGAUCCACAGGCCUUGGGAGCGCUUUUAAUCUAAGAAGAACUGGAUCUUGAGUUGUAAAAUGAACUGUCUGAUUGGAGCCCAAAACCUUCUGGGAGCCAGAUAACCUUCUCUUUGCACAACAGAUAAAAUUCAGUGUAUGACUAUAUGUAAACUGAUUUUCUUUUCCCCUCCCCUUGGGAUUUCUGGAGAAUGAGAACUACCCACAUGCUCAGUCUGUGUGGGAUAGUAAAUUCAUGGUGUAUGUUUCUGGUUCUUAAAUCUGGGUUGGGUUGGGUUAGCACAGUUUUGUUUUUUUUAAUGCUAGAUUAUAUGGGGUAUGUAUCCUGUAAUUGCAAACUUAGCCCCCAGAGGUGAUUGAGUUUUGAUAUCUAGCAUAGAGACUGAGCCCCAGGGAUUUCUUAGAGAAGGAUUACCUCCUGACGGGUGGGAGGGUGAACAUCUAGAAGUGAACUUUCUGUAAUAAUCUGGUACUCUAGGAACCUUCAAGGUUCCAUUCCUCUGUUUCUGGACAAGAUCACAUAUCACCCUUAAGUGUUCACCUCAAGCCCCAAAUAGGCCUCAGAGGAGAGGACCUGAGAACUCAGAUGUACCACCACCCUGGCCAAGGGAGCGGAAGUGUUCAGCAGAGGAUGUUGACUCCAGGAUAAGCUCCUUCCUCUUGGGGUGGGAGUGGAAGGGUGAAGGAGAGGGUUGAAGUGGGAGGAAGAUUAGGAAGUUAAACCUGUGGGAAUUUCCUGGAAGUUUUCAAUCUGGGCCUCUCUGGGAACUCAGAAAAAGGACAUCCGGCUUCAGAAUGGUCAGGGCAUAUGAAAAGUAGGAAGUUCCUUUAUGUGCACUAGUUACUGUGAAGCCAGAUUUGGCCCAGGCAGGCUGCCCAUCCCUCACACUCAGGCUUGACAGGGGUGAUAGUCGUGGGAAUACUUGGAGCUGUCAUCCCUGCAUGAACACGUGAUAGCAAGGCCUAGCAAAUCCCAUCUUUCUAGUAAAGUGGAAAAAACAGAUUUUUAUCUUAGGCCAGACCUACAGAGGGGGUUUGGCCCACCAAACGCAUCCAUUGUCUGAGAUAAAAAGGCUGUAGGUGGAGGGGUCACUGGUCUAGCAGACAGAUAUUAGCUUCAGUGACAGAGCUAUUCUGGUACUAUUUCAGUACAGCUGCCCUAGUCUGAGACUCAUCUGCUCCCAACAGGGGUCUCAUCUCUUUUACUCUAUUCUAGUUGGUCUUUCACACUAUUGCCAGAAAGCUCUUUCUGACAUUAUAUUUUGAGUGACGUAUAGUAGACACUCAAAACAUUUAUUUAUUUAUGUAUUUAUUUAUUAUUUUUAUUUUUUAUUUAUUUAUUUUUUUGCGGUACGCGGGCCUCUCACUGUUGUGGCCUCUCCCGUUGCGGAGCACAGGCUCUGGACGCGCAGGCUCAGCGGCCAUGGCUUACGGGCCCAGCCGCUCCACGGCAUGUGGGAUCUUCCCAGACCGGGGCACGAACCUGUGUCCCCUGCAUCGGCAGGUGGACUCUCAACCACUGCGCCACCAGGCAAGCCCUCAAAACAUUUAUUGAAUAAACCUACAACUCUGAAUGCUUCUCUAAAAAAAUUUGCCCUCUUUUUAUCUUUUUGGUACGAACAUUCACCUCAGCCAGAUGUCUUAGAGUCAUCCUUGACUCCUAGAGAAAGCUCUUUCCUUAAAAUUAAAACCACAUCUUUAAGUAACGGUAACAGGUGAGUUAUGUCUGGACUCUCACAGCUUUUCCUCCUGGCCCCCAGAAAUAUAACUUCCUAACUUGCCUUCCUCCCCACUGCAGCCAUGGUGAUAGGAAUUUGCUAUCUUAAUUCUCUGCUUGAUCUCCAGUGGCUCUUCUCUUCCUGUAGGGAGAGUCCAGAUUCCUUACCAUGACUCGCCUCGGUGAGUAGGCACCUGCUCGUUGCUCCAACUUCUUCCCUUGCCUCUAAUUUUAUGCUCCAGAGGCUUGGAAGGCCUUAUUUUGACUGUUUCCCUAUGCAGGUCUUUUCCUAACACCUUCUGUUCAUCUACCACCCAGAAAACCCUCCCCCUUUUACCUACCUGCCUUGUACACAAACUUUUGGCAUCUCCUGGAUGACUGCUCUGACCAUCUCCACACCUAAGUUCAUUACUUUGUGACCCUAGGUGCCACUAUGGUAUUCCCAUAAUGCACUGGAUUUACCACAUUGCAUUACAAUUCCCUGCAGUGGGUUAAUUCCCAAACAUCCACCCCAGGUUAGUUUAAGGCAGUCCUGCUACUUCCAUCCCCUAGCUAUUGAUGGAUUCAGGGAUGGACAGGCCUUAAAUAAUUUGAGGCAAUGAGAAUCCAGGCUCAACUCUGCUAGAUAAGACUAAGAUUGCUUGUUAUUCUGAUAAACACAGGGAACUGGCUCUAGGCUGAAGAUGACACUUAGAGUGGCAGGUCAGAACAACUAAAAGAUACUAUAUAGUAAGAAUCUUUAGUGACUACUCCCAUUUGUGCCUGAGUUUUCUGUUAAUUUCUACUGAAAGUAAUCUGGUAAAUUAUUUUGUACUGUUGAAUCUUUAUUGUUUCCCCAAUUUUUUUUUACUAUGACCCACAGAUCAAAAAACACAUCAGAACACGAAAUGACAUGUAUAUAUAUAAUUGAAACAAAAGCGUCACAAAACAUUAUUUAUUUGUACAAAUAUCAUGUGCAUCGAUAUUGUCUACUCUUCUAGUUUACUUUUUUAAAAUGAUGGCCCCAAUUCACUAAGUUGAUUUUACAACUCACUAAUGUUUUACUACCUUCUCUGAGAAACACUGAUCUAAACCAGCAUUACAGUGAUUCACCAUUACCUUUGCUGGAUAAAAUCCAGGCUUCUAUCAUGGCACAAAGGCCAUCUAUGGCCUGGUCUCAGUCACCUCUCAGGCUCGUCUCCUACCAUUACCUGCUACCACCCUUCACAGGAAAUUAACUUGUUAUUCUCUGAAUAUAUCAUACCUUUUUGCAUGAUGGUGCCUUUACUAUUGUGCUUGCCCUGUUUCAAAUUACCUCCUACACGUCGUUCAAAUCUCUACUCAAAGUCACUGCUUUGAGGCCUUCUCCAAAUUCCACAUCAUCCUCCAGAUGGGGCUAGGUCCAUUCCUGGGUGCAGUAAUAGCCCUUGGGUCAUAUGUCUGUCAAAGCAUUCAUUACACUCUACUACAGUAGCCUGUCUGCUUGACUGAUGCCUUCACUCAACUGAGCUCCCAAAGCCAGGAACUGGGACUCAUUCUUCUGGGUAACUCUAUACCUACCACUGGACCUGAUUCAAUAUAUGUUUAUUAAAUGAGGAGGAGUAAGCUACAUGUUUAUGACAUAGUCAGCUCCCUGGCUUAACUGUAUAAAACCAUAAACAUGGUACUGUGUGCAGGGACAGUGCUAAGCUACCCUGCUGAGUAUACCAAGACUGAAGAAAUGGGCUCCUUCCUCUCCAGGGAUUUAAGUGUUCAUAAUGACAGUCAUGAAUGUAAGCAUGUGUCUAAUUCAUUUCCCACACAUUUCAUAUUUCAAUUUCCUGAAAUAUUUCUAACCUACCUACAGACAGAAAAUACCUAUACAUUUUCCAAGACAUAGCCAAAAGCUGAUCUGAUGCCUCUUCUGAGAAGUAUUCACUGAAUUCUGCAAGCUAAGUUAGGGACUUUUCCAGUGGUCCAGUUUCACACGUACAUCAUUGUAGCAAUGGCACAAUUACAUUGUUCAGCACCCAUAACUAGCUGAUUUAUUCCUAGAGGGUAGGGGACAUACCUAAUCAACUCUUGGGCUACCCAGUAGAGAACAUGGAACAAAAUAGGCGUCUAUAAAUGUCUGUUGUACUGAGUUCUUCAGCCUAGCUCUGCAUUUUAGGUUUACUAACUCCUCCCUUCCCCAGUUUCCUCUUACUUCAUCUGAAAAUGAACUUCCUGCAACACUGAUUCCCCAUUGUUCACUACUGAGUAACGUCUGUACCCUUAAGGUUUUCCUGUCCGUGCCCUUAAAUGUGGGGCCAUAUUGUAGCUCUCUGACUCAGGGACAUGAAUUCGGUAGUUAAAUUUGAGAUACCCUAAUAAUAAAAAUGGUCUGUGUGCUUAUAUUUUGAGGAAAGAAGUUUCACCUUUUCUGAUAUUUUGCAUUCUGUUCCACAGUAUAUCUGUUUAAUAUAAAAGUAAUGUUUUUAGUUCUUGCAAGUUAAAUAUUGUACAUUGCACACAUACAUACACACACAAUUCUAUCAAAAUUGAUGCUCUAAGCUCUAAGAAGAUGAGCCUUGUUUACGCUGUGGCUUCACAUAUGCCUUGGCAUACCACCGUGUAGCCCAGCAUGGGAAGCACAGCAUUAAAGUUUUACUGCUAUUCACUUCAAGGAGAUGAAAAUGCAAACGCUGUACCUAGAGAUGUCACUGAAAACUCAAUGCCAUUGUUCUGACUUAAUUUCUAACUUCUCCUUAAAAUGGUCUCAGAAGCUUUCCUACAGUUAUCUUUUCCUUUUAUCCCAAAAGGAACAAAAGAAAGGAAAAAUAGUUCAGUUUUGUAUGUGCUGAGUUUGAGAUCCCUGGGAGCAUGUGGAGAUUAGGAAAGAGUUCUUCGCCGGGAAAAGAGAUUUGGGAGUUCUUGGCAAUUAAAGCUAAGGAAAUGGAUGGGAUGACUCAGAGUGUAUAUGUAGAGGGAAAGGAGACUGAGGUCAGACAUUAGAGGACAGACAGGAUGCAGAAUCUAUGAAGGAGACUGAGAAAUUGCCUUACAGAGAGGAAAGAGAACCUGCAAAAUUCAUCACAGUACCCAGUACAGUGUCUUCCUUGUACAUAAGAGACACUCAAAAAAUAAUUAUCAAAUGAAUUUAGCAAGCAUAGUCCUUUUUCAUUCAAAGCACUGUGCUAGUAUAGAGAAUACAGGGAUGACUCCUGGGGCCAUCAGGCCAGUUGGAGAGACAGGUCAUGAAUAAGUGUAAGAUAGUAAGACAGGUAGCUAAGAAAGUGGUGUGCACAAGGCAUACUGGAGUACCAAGAAAGGAGGAGGUCAUAAGGAACUUUUCAAAGGAAACAAUGCUAGGGCUGCAUCUUGAAGAAUGAAUAAGCAUUCAUCAAGCUUUGGGUAGAGAGGUCCUCUGGGAGGGCAUUCCAGGCAGCAAGCUCUGCAGGUAGAAGUGCACUGAAUUAUGAAACAGAAUGGAGUGGUUGAGAAAUUCCAAGUAAGUAAUUUGGUACAGCUGGGAUUUAGUUUUGAGGAAGAAGUGGAGGAAAUGAAGCAGGAAAGCCAGGCAAGAUCAGGUUACAAAGCACCCUGUAAGACAUGAUAAAGUGCUUGGAUUUUAUCCUGAAGACCAGGGGAAGCCACUGAAGGAUUUUUAAAUGGAGAGAAAAGGGAUCAGAUUUACAAUUCAGAAAUAUCAUUCUUCCAUCAGACCGGAAGAUGGGUUAGGGGCCAAGACUAGAAGCAAGGAAACCGAAUAGGAGGCUAGUUAAGGAAUCCAAGGGGAGUUGAGAGAAGGCUAGACUAGGCCAGAAGCAGGGGGGAAGGAGAGAAGCCAACAGACCAAACAGAUAUACAGGAGAUAGAAUAGACUAGACAUCGUGUGUGACUACACGAGGUAGAGGAAGAAGUUAAGAGUCAAGCACGAUACCAAGUUUCUACUUGGGCAGUUGGAUGAAGUAAUUCCAUUCACAGAGAAUGAGGAUAGCAGAGGAGAAGCAGGUCUGAGAUUCUGUGAUGAGCUUUGUUGUAAACGUAUUCAUGUUACAGAGUUGUCUUGUGAACAGUUGUUCUGGAGCUCAAAGGAUAUAGGUAAGCCAGCAAUACAGAUGUGCUAUUCACACAUAGGAGGAAAUUGAAGCAAUUGGACUAGAUGAGAUUUCCCAGACAAAAAAUAUAGAGUAAAAGUAAAAGAAAAAGGAUAGAGCCAAUAUUCAAAGGCCAGACAGAAAAAAAGAGAAGCCCUCGGAGGAGGGUGAAAAGAAGGACUACAGCUAGAACACUGGUGUCUCAAAAUCCAAGGGAGGUGGGGUCAAAAACAUCUCCCUCAGAUUCUGAGGUCCUAAGGACAGACACUAGAUGAUUUUUGUAUUCUUAGAAACUAAUGUUGGCCAGGCUCCAGAAUAGUGGUUUAAUGAGUAUCUUUGGCCAUUGGACUUAAAAGUUAGGAUGUUCACUGUUGGCCUCUAAUGGAGCAGUCUCUUGAGAGGGGCAAAAGCAGAAACUAUAAAGACAACUGGAAAAGUUUGGUGACAAUGAAAAGAGAAGAUACGGCAGCAACUUGAGAGGAAAGGAGAUUUAAAAAGUGAAUUUGGGGGCUUCCCUGGUGGCGCAGUGGUUGAGAGUCCGCCUGCCGACGCAGGGGACACGGGUUCGUGCCCCGGUCUGGGAAGAUCCCACAUGCCGCGGAGCGGCUGGGCCCGUGAGCCAUGGCCGCUGAGCCUGUGCGUCCGGAGCCUGUGCUCCGCAACGGGAGAGGCCGCAACAGUGAGAGGCCCGCGUACCGGAAAAAAAAAAAAAAUGAAUUUUGAAGAUUAAUGUAUUUAUUUUUUGCUAUGGUCUGAAUGUUUGUGUCACACCCCUACCCAGAUUCAUAUGCUGAAAUCCUAAUGCCCAAUUUGAUGGUAUUGGGAGGUGGGGCCUUUGGAAGGUGCUUAGGUCAUGAGGGUGGAAGCCUCACAAAUGGGAAUAUUGUUCUUAUAAAGGAGACCCCACAGAGAUCUCUUGCUCCCUGCACCAUGAGAGGGCACAGUGAGAAGGUGCUGGCUGUGAACCUGCACGAGGGUCCUCACCAGAACGCAGCCAUGCUAGUACCUCGAUCUUGGACUUUCCAUCCUCCAGAACUAUGAGAAAUAAAUUUCUAUUGUUUAUAAAUUACCCAGUCUGCAGUAUUUUGUAAUAACAGCCCAAACAGACUAAGACAAUUUUAUAAUGAGUACUUAUUAUGGCCUUAGUUAUGGAGAUAAGACAGGCCUUAGUUAUGGAGAUAAGACACUUAAGGGUUUAUAUAGGUUUGAGGGAAAAGUCCAAAAUCUUGUGUUGAGGGCAAAGGGGAUGGAAGAGAGCUUUGUCGUUUGCCACUGUGGCUUCCAUGGCUCUUCCACCUUUAUGUAAAGCCUCUUUUCUCUGGAGACUCAAGACCUUGGUUGACCACCUCCUCCUGAUGUUCUUGGCCUUAGCUGCUACAGGAUGCCUAAAGCACCUGCUGGCCCAACGUACAGGAAGUCAGUUGGCAAGCUUGCAGUUUGAACGUGUCUGCCUUUGAGGAGAAAACAUACACAGUGUAUAGCCCAGAGCUAGUCACAAAAUGAAUCGUUAAAUUCCGUCAGUCUCAGACCUAACAGGAUGGGCUACAGCAGACAGACAAAAUAUCAGGAAUUCCGAACAUGACUGAGAAGUCAACAUGGAGCUAGCAGAGAUAAAAGCAAGUACAGGAAAAGUCAAAAUUCUGGAGGGGUUUUGUAACACUAAGAACCCUACCCCACAUCUGUCUUUUUUAUAACAGACUGGGCCAUUCAUGCCAGGCUGACGGGGGGUGAAGGUGGGGGAAGACAGCUUCUGAUCACUCACACAUUCAUUCAAGUCUUAGGCCCAGAGUCUUACUCACCAUCCCAACCUUGGAUGCCCCAUUCAACACUCUGCCCCUUGGACUUCCCUGCCGGCACAGUGGUUAAGAAUCAGCCUGCCAAUGCAGGGGACACAGGUUCGAUCCCUGGUCUGGGAAGAUCCCACAUGCCGCAGAGCAACUAAGCCCGUGUGCCACAACCACUGGGCCCACAUGCCACAACUACUGAAGCCCGCGCGUUCUAGGGCCUGCAUGCUGCAACUACUGAGCCCGUGUGCUGCAACUACUGAAGCCUGUGUGCCUAGAGCCCGUGCUCCACAACAAGAGAAGCCACCACAAUAAGAAGCCCAUGCACUACAACGAAGAGUAGCCCCCACUCGCUGCAACUAGAGAAAACCCAUGCUCAGCAACAAAGACCCAAUGCAGCCAAUAAAUAAAUAAAUAAAUAAAAUUUUUAAAAUUUUAUUAAAAAAAAAAGACUCUGGCCCCAUAGUUCUUUAUUGUUCUCUCCUACUGAAGCCCAUCAAUCCAGCGUGCUCUGUUUACCAGGCCUUUGACCCUUUCAUGACCAGAUCUACUUUAGCCCUGAAGCUUUAUCCUCCAGAAUCUCACUCUCUAAACCCAGCUUCUUGCCUCUGGAUCUCCCUUUGC